ACCCUCUCUUGUGUGUUACAAUAACUGUUAAAUGUAAUUUAAGUUUGAGGACUUCGCUGGGUCCUAAAAGUUCCCAAAUUUGUUCUAACUUCGGUCAGCGUCGGUCCAGCUGCGAACGGGUCCAAAUUCAAAUUUCAAAUUGCGAACCCGCUUCCUUCCCAGUUACUCAAUACCGCGCUGCCCUAGUCAAAUUUCCCCCUCUUGUAAUUUUACCCCUACACGCAUUCCUUUCCAUUCAAUAAACCCUCGUGUUCAAACAAAAUUAGCCAAUCAAAAUGCAGUGCUGAUUUGCUGGGCGAAUUGUAUUAAGUACACAGAGCAAGCGAGAAAGGAAUUCUUUCCAUUCCAAAUAUUUGGGAAAUCAUUGGGAAUUUUCUGCAAUUCCAUAAACGAAGCUUUGAUUUCGAUUUCAAAAGAGUUCCUUGUAUGUUCAAUCAUAGGCACUACGCUUGUACUACAAUCGACGACUCAGUUCAAAAUUGGGCGCGCAAUUUCAAAAUUUCAAAAUCAUUCCGUAAAUAUUUUCCCAAUAAUUCCAUAAAUUCCGAGGCACAAUAGACCCAGUCUCAUUUCUUUCGUCCGGCUUGUUUGAACCAGUUGAGUGAGUUUCGAGUCUUUUUGUGGCUUUUUGAUUGAAUUUGUGGAACGAAAAAAAAAUCAAAAUUUCUCCAAAGUUUCCCCUCUUAUUUGCUUCAAAAUAAAACCUGCGUUAUCCAUCAAAAGCGUUUUUCCUAUAUUCAUUUCUCAAGAAUUUGUUUUGCGUACUUUCAAUCAUUUGUUUUUUUUUGAACGCGUGUUUUCGUAAGUAAUAUAUUCGAGAACUUAUCGCGAAUAGUCUUGAAAAUCUUUGUAAAUGAUACUUUCAAGAUAUCUCUGAAGUUUUUGCUUUUUUCAAGUUGACAAUCUUCGUUUGAUCUGAUUUUUGAGAGGCAUCGUAAACACGAACACUUGACUUUCGAGAGUCUACCAUUUUAUAAUUUAUAAUAGAACUUUUAUUCUGCAAUUUAAACCAACGAAAAAUCUCACCUGUAUAACUUUUAGUUAUUAUACCAAUUGCCAAUUACACCAAUUCUACGUGUAAUUUACAAUCAACUUAGUCUGAGUUAUAAUUGCAUUAUUAUUCAAAACUCACUGUCACCGCGAGUCUCAGUUUUUAUUAUCUGAACAAAAGUCUCAAAGCUUUGUUAAGAGAAACGAGAUAUCUGUUUUUGUCAUAAAAAAUUGAUUUGUUUAUUUCCCUCUUUUCGUCAGUUCCAGUAUUUACAAAAGUUGACUUAGAAAAGACUGAAUUAUAAUUGCAAGAUGGUGUCUAUUCCACAUGCUACUCUGCACCCUCUGAUGCCCUACACGCCUGGGAGUCCAUCAGUGUCAGCUGCCAUCAGCGCACAGAUGAGUCCCUCUAGUAUCCCCCCUCCCCCUGGACAGAACUGCAGUGCGGCCAAUCUGAACCAGCUGCUGUCUGUGGCCGCACUCCAGUCCCUCCAGCCAUCCACCCUCCAGUACCCCUCGCCCCCCUCCAGCGAAGAGGACGUGAAAAACAGGAAGUUGUUUGUGGGGGGACUUCCGUGGACCACUACAACUGAGACUCUGAGGAGACACUUUGAGCAACAUGGGGAGAUUGAGGAGUCGGCUGUCAUCUUCGACAAGGAGACGGGCAAAAGCAAGGGAUUCGGAUUCGUGACCUUGAAGACGAAAAAACAGGCUGACGAUGCCUGCAAAGAUCCCAACCCACAGAUAGACGGACGAAAGGCAAACGUGAACCUCGCCUUCCUCGGCCAGAAGCCCAGAAACCACCCUAUUCACAACAACCACAAUAACAACAACAACAACAACAAUAACAACAACCAUAACUUCAUUCCAGGAGGAAACUUGUUUGCGUUGCAGCCCCACCACCAGUGUGUUAGGUCAGGGGGUUCACACACCCCUCCCAGUCAGAACUUAUUCGGGCUAAUCUCCACCCCACCAAACAUGAAUGUUGCAUCAAAUGUAGCUCCUGGUUUGUUCACUGGAUACCAGCUAUUCACCCCGGCCGGCAACUACCACCCGGUCGCACUGCAACCCACCCACGCAACUCACCAAAUGAUGGCACCCUGUAUGAGUCACGCUGCCGCCCCCUGCCCCGGGGGAAUCCACUCCCCUUUCGGGACCCCAGGAACCCCGCAGUAUAUUAACCCGAACACCGCCAGUCCCCCAAAUACGAGCCCGCAACACAUUUUGGAAAUGCAACUACAACAACAUCAGCAGAAUCUUCAGGCGUCGCUUUUAGAGUCCCCCCAAAAUGAGUACGGAGCGCCCUACGGAUUGACAGCGAUUCCUAUCGCGACGACCAAUCAGUACAUCCCACAGAAUUUCAUCCAAUCACAAUCGAGCAUUUCUGUUUCGCACACUGCUCAGUCGCCGUGAAACCUGAUUGGUCAAAAUUUUACAAAAAACUCUAACUCAUUGGAUUUGGGUUUUGAACAAAAAAAAUCAAUAGAUUAAUAUGGGUUUUUGAACCCAUCAAAUGGUUAAAUCGGGCUAAACUCUGACUGAAUUCUUUGAUUACUUUUCAUUUGUUCUUCACACAUUUGUUAAUCAAUCAAACCCUACGAUUGAUGUGAACUUGACGCUAAACUUUGUGUUAGAAGCAAAACCAAAACCUAUUUUCUCUUGUAAUAUUUUUGAUAUUUGUAAAAAAAGAACAAUUUCCAAUUUUUGAUAAUAACUUGAUUAUUAUUACAUCAUGUGAAAUUGAAUAAAUUUCGCUUUUUAUAGUAACAAUUUCAUGUUUUAGUGCAAUAACGUGUAAAUUCAAUUGCAUAUUUUGGUCUAUUUCGUUUAACUAAUUUUUUAGUAUCCUCAUUAGUUAAAUUUUUAAUUGUCCUAAAAUUGGCCAAGUUGAGCUCUUUAGUUUUAAUAACUGUGCCUUAAUAUCUCAUUGUAAUAAUGCGAACAUCUUAAUAAGUCAUAAUAAUUAUUUAAA